AUGCCUACUUAUUCGGUAAACGUUUUUCUCUGUCUCAAGUGUGGCCAUGUUUGGGCGGAUUACCCUAAACGAGCAUCCGCUGCUAAACGGCAUCGUAAUGGUCGUUCUGUAGCAUGCUCUUCCUCUUCAACGCAGCCUGUCUCAAGUGAAUCUGAGAUCACAGAGCCAGAAACAUCAAGCGGUGAAAAUGAUGGUUUGACAAGUAUUCCCAAGUUUAAGGGGGCCAUCCAGCGCUCAGAGGUUUCUGAAGAAGCUACUCCACUUGCUCGAAAUCCCUCGCACUUAAACUCCAAGUAUGUCAGUGUUGAGUCAUGUGGCCAAUCUGUUCAAGAGGCUGGCCAGAAUUCUCCCAGUCCUACCUCUCAACCGCCCUCUCUUGUUUCGGUUACUGUAGAGGUUCGUUCUGAUGAUGAAAUGGAGGCUGUCUCUUAUUCUUCUGAACAUUUAGGCAAACCUAAUGAAGCGUCAUCUAAUCAUUAGCAGUUUUCUCUCACUUGCAAGACAUUAUUUAUUUUAUGUUGUAGAGGUCAUCAUUAAGACUACC